AUGAGAUUUGAACGUCGACUGAUUCGCCCUCGCAAUCUAGUGUCGAAUGAGAAAAUUUCCCCCGCCGAGGACGCACGCCUUGACAAGUCUUUGCCUAACGAUAAGGCCAUGGCGCCUGGCAUCUCCAUACGGAAUGGGCCAGUGGAGGAUGCGAUGGACGUCGACGAGCCGGUGACAAAUGGCCACAAGCGCAAGUCGCGGCCCUCGAUCUCCAAGCCCACGUACAAGGAUGACUCAGGGAGCGAAGAUGAUCAGCCUCUGGCGAAGCGGACCAAGACCAAUGGCAACAACAACGCCGCAUCGGACUCCGACGAUGCGCCCUUGAAGAGCAAGAAGAUGCCACCCUCGUACAAAGAGACGGCUCUUCCCGAUACCUCCUCUGACGACGACACUCCCCUCAAUGUCAAGCUGUCGAAGAAGAAGAGCGCCAUCGAGAAGGCUGCUGCGAAGGAAGCCCAGCAAAUCCGAGCGAAGGAUGCGAAAACCAAAGCCAAGAAGGUUGUCAAGGAUGAAUCCGAUGACGACGACAAGCCGAUCGCCAAGAGCCGUCCGUCCAACGGCGCCGCAUCCCAUGCAAAACGCAAGUCCAACGGUGUGAAGAAGGAAGAGUCCGAUUCAGAUGCACCGAUAAAGAAGACCAAGGCUGCGCCCAAGAAAGCCAAGGCAACCACUGCGUCCAACAAGAAGGUUAAGGCCAAGACCGAAACUCCAGACGUCGAGGAUGAAGAGAAGUUUGCUUGGUGGAACGCCGAGAGCAUGGGCGAUGGUUCCAUCAAGUGGCAUACGCUUGAACACAACGGUGUCAUUUUCCCUCCCGAGUACGAGCCGAUGCCAAAGCAUGUCAAGAUGCGCUACGACGGAGAGCCCAUUGAUCUCAGCAUCGAAGCGGAAGAAGUCGCUAGCUUCUGGGUUCAUUUGAUCAUCACUAAUUCUGUGGACAAUUUGAACAAACCGCAGUUCCGGGAGAACUUCUUCAACGACUUCAAAGACUACGUCAAGAAAUAUGGUGCUACAACUAAAGAUGGGAAGAAGGUUACCUUUACCAGCCUCGAAAAGUGCGACUUCCAGCCCAUGGUCGACUACCUGGGCCCUCUGCACGAGGCCCGGAAGAACAAGUCGAAAGAAGAGAAGGCCGCCAUCAAGAAAGCAAAGGACGAGGCGGAGGCGCCCUACCUUCACUGCAUCUGGGACGGUCGGAAAGAAUUGCUUGGCAACCCUCGUGUCGAACCUCCUGGCUUGUUUCGAGGCCGUGGCGAGCACCCCAAGACCGGUAAGGUCAAGACUCGAGUCUAUCCCGAGCAAGUCACAAUCAACAUCGGCAAGGACGCAAAGGUUCCCACUCCACCGGCUGGUCACAAAUGGGGCAAGGUCGUUCACGAACAAGGAGCAACGUGGGUCGCCAUGUGGAAAGAAAACAUCAACGGUGCUCACAAGUAUGUGAUGCUUGCUGCCAACAGCGCCAUCAAAGGCAUGAGCGACAUGAAGAAGUUUGAGAAGGCGCGUGAGCUCAAGAAGCACAUCGACAAGAUUCGGAAGGAUUAUACCAAGGAUCUCAAGUCGGAGCUCAGCGCUGAUCGCCAACGGGCGACUGCCAUGUACUUCAUCGACAAGCUUGCUCUCAGAGCAGGCAACGAGAAGGACGCUGAAAACGAGGCGGAGACUGUCGGUUGCUGCUCUCUCAAGUUUGAGCACAUCACCUUAACGCCACCCAACAAGGUGACCUUUGAUUUCCUGGGCAAAGACAGUAUCCGCUACCACGAGACCUCCGAGGUGGAUCCGCAGAUCUUCAAGAAUCUUAAGAUCUUCAAGAAACCGCCAAAGGGGGAGGGCGACGAUAUUUUUGACCGGUUGAGCACGACCCAACUCAACAAGCAUUUGACAAGUUACAUGCCGGGUUUGACCGCAAAGGUCUUCCGUACCUACAAUGCGUCCUACACCAUGUCUCAGGAACUUAAGAAGCUUGAUAAGGAUCCCCGUGCACGGGGUACUAUUGCGGAGAAGGUGAAACUCUACAACGAUGCCAACCGAGAGGUCGCAAUUCUUUGCAACCACAAGAGAAGUGUCGGUGCUGCCCAUGAGUCGCAGAUGGCCAAGCUUGGCGACAAGAUCAAGGGUAUUAAGUAUCAGAACUGGCGCAUGAAGAAGAUGAUUCUUGAUCUUGACAAGACCCAGCGCAAGAAACUGGGUGCUGCCUUUUUCGAGCGCGAUGAAGAUUUGACCGACGAGUGGAUUAAGGAACAUCAAGAAUGGCUAGUAGAGCAGGAGCGCGUCAAGAUUACCAAGAAAUUCGAAAAGGAGAACGAGAAGCGGAAGGCAGACAAGGAGAAGCCCCAUCCCGAGAAGGAGCUCAAAGAGCGUCUCCGGGCUUUGAAAGACCUCGAGGCCAAGUUCAAGAAGGAGAACAAGGACAACAAAGUCGAGGCUGAAGGCCGAAGCCCGACUGUCGAAAAAUUCAUUGCCAGCAUCGAGAAGAACGAGGACCGCAUCAAGACGAUAGAAUUGCAGGCUGCGGAUCGUGAUGGGAACAAGGAAGUUGCCUUGGGAACAUCCAAAAUCAACUAUAUCGACCCUCGAUUGUCCGUGGUCUUCUGCAAGAAAUUCGACGUCCCUAUCGAGAAGAUCUUUUCCAAGACCUUGCGGGACAAGUUCAACUGGGCGAUCCAAACCGUUGAGGAUAACGAAGAUUGGGAGUUCUAG